AUGUCACAUACAGAGGUAGCGCACACUGAUUCAAUCGAGACCGAGGAUGUCAAGAAAGACCAAGAGAAGAAGCAGAAAAGUCGGAGACCAGCAAACACUGCCUUUCGGCAGCAAAGACUAAAGGCAUGGCAACCUAUCCUCACACCCAAGACUGUCCUUCCGCUUUUCUUCGUAGUAGGCAUUAUUUUUGCGCCUAUAGGAGGAGUCUUGCUAUGGGCAAGUGCAAUGGUCCAGGAACUGAGAAUCGACUAUACCAAUUGUGGCACCGAUGCCAGCAGUGGAGGCACAAAUAUCGAUUUUUCGGACAUCCCUAGCGAAAAAUAUUCCUCCCAAUUCCGAAGCUCUACCGUCAACAACCCCCCUCAGUGGCGCCGGAACCGGACUGUGGCGACACCAGAAUAUGGUGUGGAGCAGCAGGAUACAAAUGUCUGCUCUCUUCGAUUCUCCGUCCCUAAUGAUAUCGGUCCUCCGGUCCUUCUAUACUACCGGCUGACCAACUUCUACCAAAACCAUCGAAGAUAUGUAAGGUCGUUGGAUACUGAUCAGUUAUUGGGGAGGGCAUUGGACAAUGCAACAAUCGCUGACAGCGCUUGUGAUCCCUUGACAUUGAACGAGACGUCCGGGAAAGCAUACUAUCCAUGUGGGCUCAUUGCCAAUUCCCUCUUCAACGAUACUAUCAGAACACCUACCCUAAUUACUGCACCUGGAACACCUGACGGCCGAGAGAUAUACCCAAUGACCAAUAAAGGCAUUUCGUGGAGCAGUGACCAUGAGUUGUACAGGGACACGUCAUACACAAGAGAUCAGGUCGAGCCACCACCAAACUGGAGAAAACGCUAUCCAGAUGGCUAUACAGAAGAGAAUGACAUUCCCAAUAUCUCACAGUACGAGGAGCUUCAGGUCUGGAUGAGAACGGCUGGACUGCCUACGUUCAGCAAACUUGCCUUGAGGAAUGACAAUGUGACCAUGAAGGCUGGUACAUAUGAGAUUCAAAUCUAUGAUUAUUUCCCUGUUCAUGUUUACGGCGGAACCAAAUCUAUCCUGCUCUCCACCCGCACCGUAAUGGGCGGCAAGAACCCAUUCCUUGGAAUUGCCUACUUGGUUGUGGGGGGUAUAUGUGUGGUGUUGGGGGUCUUGUUCACCGUUGCCCAUCUGGUCAAGCCAAGGAAACUGGGUGACCAUACCUAUCUCACUUGGAACAAUGAUAAUCCUACAACAGCGACUGCAACAGGAAGGGACAGUGGGCUAGGCACCAACGCGUGA